CUCCCAAAAACCGAUCAUCGCACAUCGAUCAGCGAGGUGGGCAAAAACCAGAAGUGAUUUUUGGCAGCAUUACAAAUUCGGCAAAGACGCUUGGCCAGAACCUGUGUUUACCAUCGACGAUCCGAUAAUCGCCAGGACAGCCGGGAGGUUUGGCCUCACUUUUUAAAGUGUUUGGCAAGGUGUGCGGACUGCCACAUUAGCGGGUUUGGUUUGGGCAUCAAACCAUCAGAGGUGGAAGUCCACUGAAGGGGGAUGCUAGCUAGUCAACUCGACAACUCGACAACUUGGCAACUUGGCAACUUGGCAACUUGGCAACUAGUCACCUAACAUAGCUUAAGGAUGCCCCAUUCCGAAACAGAUCGAAGGAGAGCGAUGAGAUGGUGCCAGGAAUGCCGCGAGAUUUAUGAACGAAUGGGCGGAGGGCGUUUCCAGCUCAACUGCUGCCCGGUGUCCGACUUGGCCAGCCAUCCAGACGACGACCACCGCCAAAGGGGCCAACGAACUGGAUGAUCAUCCUGGGCUUUUGAGCUGCGAUUGCGACUCGAAAUCGGACUUGGACCUCAGUAACUCUGGGAUUGACUGGACUGGGUCGUAAAAAUAUUGCAUUUAGCAGGCAGAGCGGCGGACGCAAACGCUUUCCGCGUUUUACGAUUACGAUGGAGCAGCAGCAGCAACAGCAGCAUCAGAUGCAGAAGCUGCUGCAGAAGUAGAUGUAAAAGCAAGAAAUGCAGCAACGGAUUGGAAGUGCCAAAGUUUUAUGGUUACUUUAACACUUUUGCUGGCCUGGUACUUGAGAUAUGGGAACUGGCAUCCGACAACGGGCCAUCAGGAGCAUCAGCAGCAGGAGGAGGAGCAAGAGGAGCAAGAGGAGCAAGAGGAGCAAGAGGAGCAAGAGGAGCAAGAGGAGCAGGAGGAGCAAGAGGAGCAGGAGCUGAAGAAACUAAAGGAGGAAGUGGUGUGGAGGCCAGGAAACGGACGAAGCUCUAUGGCCUAGA